UUCCAGACGGACGGGUGGGGAAGGUUCUCUGACAUUCAAAGAGAAAGAAAGAGAGAGAGAAGAAAGACGUACAUCAGCGUGCCUCUCGGCGUGGAGAGGCACGCAGAUAAGAGACGUGGUGAGAUAGUGGGCGAUAAGAGAUAGAUAGAGAAAGAACUGAGAUAGCACAGAGAUUCACAGACACACAUACGCACACAGACUGUGAGACAGACAGACAGAGUUAAGCUGUGGAAGAGGGAUAUGUUAGGAAACACAGACAGAUGAGGUCCAAGGUGAGGGGGAAUCUCCCGAUUUCUGCCUCUCUCCUUCCGACUCCGUCUCGUCCCUCCGCCCCGCUGACUCACCGCCGACGACAGAGACUCGCCCCUUGAGCCCCGCCCCCAGUGACUCAUGCCAGACGUCACGGCCCACGCGGCUAUAAUAACCCAGGUCCGACGAGCUGUCAGCUGCUGAGAACUGCUGGCAGUUUGAUUAACAGGCGUAGCGCCAUGGCCAGUCUGAAGAAUCUGUGCGAGCUUGUAACCGAGUUGAAUAUCUUGGAUCCUGACGACUUCGCCGCCUGGAAGCCGGGUCCCGAGCUCCGGACAGUCGCACCUCCUGCCGGUUUCCGCCGCCACUCCACCAGCCACUUGCCGGCCAGUAGUUCCCGGGCUCGACUUAACGAUGCAUUCUGUCCACUGCAGCCGCGGCACACGGACCUUGCCGCCGGGUUGCCCUCGAAACCGUGGCCGGGUCUGGGCUGCUGCACCAGAGACGGGGAGUGGCCGGAGGAGCCGAGGGUCGCGCAGCAGCAGCCGCCACCACCUUCGCCCCGCUACAAGACGGAGCUGUGCCGGCCCUUCCAGGAGAACAGCUUCUGCCGCUACGGGGAUAAGUGCCAAUUCGCGCACGGCCUGGCCGAGCUGCGGACCCUCAGUCGCCACCCCAAGUACAAGACGGAGCCGUGCCGCACCUUCCACAGCACCGGCUUCUGCCCGUAUGGUAGCCGUUGUCACUUCAUACACAACCCCGAGGAGGAGCGUGGCUCCCGGCCUCGCUUGCGCCAGAGCGCCAGCUUCUCGGGCUUGGGCUCAGCCUGGGGGGGUCUGGGGCCCUCAGCCGCCGUUCCCGGCGAGAUUGACUGGGCGUUGCUGCGGGCAGCCUUCAGCCCCGAACUGGAAGUAGAGCUGGCCCGGACGCUGGGCCUGAACUGCUGCUCUUGCCGUCACCGCUGUCGCCAGCCAGGCCCGGCCGCCGGCAGAAGCCCCUCAUCUGACUCUCUCUCCGACCAGGAGGAUUCGGGCAGUAGCGGCUCGGAGUCGCCCGUCUUCGAGCAGGCGCGGCGGCUGCCCAUUUUCAGCAGGAUCUCGGUGUCCGAGUGAGGCCGGAUGGCUUGAGGCGUGCCACCCUACUCUUUCCCCGGGUAUGGGGAAGGGUGUCCGGAUGUCACGCUACAUUUCCUGCUCGUAGGUGUGUGAUGGGAUUAUCUUCCAAGGAUGUUGACUGAGCCCCAUUCUUUCCCUGGGGGGACCCAGGCAUCACCUGCACUGCCCUGGGGUUGUGACUGGGUGCAGAAGACCUCACUACCCUGGUUGUGACCGGGGUACUUUCCCAGUAGCCCUCCCUCCUUUCUCUUUAACCGUGGAUGCUAGACCGUAACCGGGAAGUGUCCAUGGGCGGUGGGGCCACUGGCCCUGAUGUAGCAGAACUAGUACCAUGUGCUUCCUACAGGGGGAAGUUUGUGGUAGCUCAACGUGUCCUGGCUCAAACUGGUAAUCGGGUACCCCAUAGUACAAUGCAUUAACCUUGUACCAAGUGUUUUCAACCUUUUCUAAGCUGCCUAAUGUACAAUAUAGAUUAUAUUUAAAUUAUUUAUUGAAGAUUUUGGAAUGUUGUAUAUUUAAUAAUAUAGCACUAUAUUUUUAGAUAAUUUAUCCUUUAUAAAGAAACGUGUUCUGAAUAUAUCAAUUAUAAUGCUUCCAGUGCCUUAUAACUGAUUUCAAAAUAAAACAGAAAAUUUGCUCUUCCUAGUUUCCAAUGUG